AAACCCGCCAUUUUUCGAGGAUUGGAUUUUGUUGUGUGCAUUUUUUUAAGUUUUAAAGCGAUGGUUUAAAUGGAUUCAAGCUUGAAAAGAGAACUGAAAUUAUAUCAGAAAAGAAAGGCAAAGGCGCAAGACAAGGGUGAUCUUGAAGAAGAAUCCAAAAUGUGUUAUGCCUCUGCUGAAUUAUUGACACAACAUGGGUUUUAUGGGGAUGCUGUCAAAGAGUACAAACAAGCUCUCCAAGUCGCAGAGGCAAGGGAGGACACCAUUGGUAGUGCUGUAGCGCACAGGAUGGUUGGAGAAUGUCUCUGUGCUCUAGGGAAAUACAAAGAUGCUUUAUUCCAUCAAAACCUUCAUCUUCAGCUGGCUAAGUCAUCUAAUAACCUGGUCGAGCAGCAGAGAGCCUGGGCAACUAUCGGUCGCACAUGGUUUGUAUAUUCCGACAGUGCAGUGGAUGCCGYGGAAACAGAAGAGUCAUUGAUGGAGUCACAGAAAGCUUACCUGGAGGCUCUCUCGGUCUGUGACAAACUCCAAGGAAUUACCUCAGAAACUGAACUACUUGAGAUGAGAGCAAGGUUGUACUUGAAUCUGGGGCUUGUGUACGACAGCAAGAAUGAUACUCCAAGUGCAAGAAAGUUUAUAGACAAGGCUCUUUACAUCGCAAGUUUUGUACUGAUGGUGCACCUUAAGAUGGGAGAYUUUUUACUUGCUAGAAGAACGUUGAAGAAAGCUUACAAGAUUUCUCCGUCACAAGCAGGUGCUGAAAUGGAGGGCCUGAAAUCUAACCUGGUGGCUGGUGAGUAUCAAUGUCAAUGCCGUCAUAUGUGUGAUACGUGGUGCAAUGUUGCUCAAGUCUAUGAGAAUUCUGGUGAAAGCUACGAAGAGAUAGAAAGAGCUUACUUGACUGCACUCAAAUAUGCUGAACAAGCCAACAAACUGCCAAUACAGGUUCGUGUUUACAGAUAUUUGGCAGAUACUCAGAGAAAAUAUGAUCAUAUGAAGGACUACGCUGAAACCAUGAAGAAAGUUGAGGAGCUGGAGUCAAAGUUUGGCAUUGAGGAAGAGAGCGAUGAAGACGAAGAAGAAGAAGACAAGGAAGAUGAUGAUGAAAACGAUGAUGAUGACAAUGAUGAUGACGAUAUCAUUCAGAGAGAGAUGCUUCUACCAGAUUCUGAUGAAGAAUAUGAUAACGAGGAUGAAAAUGAUGAAUCAGUAAUCAAACAUCGCACCAGGACAGGAGCUAGAACAAAGUUGUCAAAAAGAAAUGAAAAGGGUGAAACUCCACUACAACGCGCCGCUAUUGCUGGAGAUACUGAGCUGGUUCGCAGGCUUAUCGAACAGGGCGCGGAUAUCAACACACGUGACUACUGUGGAUGGCAACCACUACACGAAGCUUGUAACCAUGGAUACACAGAGAUUGUAAGACUACUUCUCGCUAAAGGUGCUCAUGUCAACGACCCUGGAGGCCCUCACUGCCAGGGUGUUACUCCUCUACAUGAUGCUGCACAAAAUGGACAUAUAGAAAUCGUCAAGUUACUUGUGGAGAAUGGAGCGUCUUUACUCAGUAAGGACACAAAGGGUAAUACACCACUAGAUGCAGUAUUAUCAGCACAAGAAUCAGAAGAAGACCGUGACCUCAUCGGCUGUGAAACCGAGGCAGCUGCUGGAAGAAGACAAGUUGUCAAUUAUCUGAAAAAAAUUUCACUUGGUGGUACAUCUUUAAACAGAACUGAGAAGAAGCAGCCAGAAAUGAGAAGGAGAAACAGGUUAUUUUUGGACAACUUUGAUGAUAAUAAUAAUGAUGAUGAUGAUGACGAUGAUGAUGGUGACGAUGAUGAUGAUGAUGACGAUGAUGACGAUGUUGUCAGGGGUCCACCUACUUCAAAGAUUACAGAAUCCCGAUCUGUCCACGAUCCUGUGAGCGAUUUUUCUCAGGGGACGUCAUCGAAAAUCGCAUUGCGAGAAAAGAACUACUUGGAAACUAAUGUGGAAAGUGAUGUUGAAGUUGAAUCAGUCAGUGAAGAUGGGGAUAUUAGCAGUGAAGGGUUAGAAGACGAGUCACCUUAUUUUUCCGUAGACAAUGACUUCAAUCACGACAAACAGCCGACGAGACGUUCGUCGGAUUCCGAAAGAAUAUCGAUUGAUGAUAGCCAAGAUAUCUCCACUGAUUGGCAUUCAAGGGAUCACCAUAAUACCUCGUCUUAUCUUGAUACCAUUUCUGGUAAACGUCUAGACGCGAACUCUUCCAGACAAACCACUGCUUUGGUAUCAGAGAGGGACCUGGGCUCUACUUCCGCAAUUGAGUCCGCUUCUGAAGACUCUGAUUGGCUGAUUAACGAUAUGCCUGAGCGCCCUACCAAACGACGUCGCACCAAUAAACAAGCAACUCUCAGCACUUCGUUAGCACUCUCUCGUAGAGGUCCUUCGACGUACAACAGUAAAAGCUCACGGAGUAAAAAUACCAGUAACAUCUCGAAAAAACCGUCAAGACCGAAACAAACUCGCCUUGAAGUGCGAAGAACUCCUAGCCCUACAUAUUUUAGCUCUUCUCCUGUUUCACAGCAGUCCUCAAACACUCUCUUCCAGGGACAUUCUUUAGGGACGUCAUCACAAGGGGACAGUGCGGUACGUCAGACCUCUAGUGCGAGUACACCUGGAGGAGCCCCUCCGAUGCGAAUUAGGGUCCAGAUCCAAGGCAAGACGUUCUUGAUUCCCUGUCCAGAGAAGAACGAUCAAGAGCGCAAGACUAUGGCAUGGCUAUCUGAACAGGCGAAGCUGCGUUACUUCUCGGCAUUUGGUCUUCGUCCAGUACUCGCGCUCCAGACGAGUGAAGGAGCCUUUCUCUCUCCUGAAGAUAAAAUAUCUGACGUGUUGUCAAAUAACGAACAGAUAGUAGCUUCAGUGGAAUCAUGGGAUCUUCCUCCUGUCGCUGAGAGAUAUAAAACUGCCUGCAUCAGUAAUAACUGUGAAAUCAAAAAAGAUAUUCAAGCGCUUCUCCAGGCCGAACCACAGAUCUCAGUCAUCUCCCUAGGUAACCUGGCCCUCCAAGACUACCAUGUGCUACCGCUGGCCAGAGCACUGCAGUGUCAUGAUAGGCUGGUCAAGUUAAUCUUACCUGGAAACAAGAUAGGAGAUUCUGGCGUGCAGCACAUUGCAGCUUCCCUAUCCACCUUACCGAAUUUAUCUGUUCUGGACCUACGAUCUAAUGGUAUCUCACACAAAGGCAUAACGUACCUGGCUAACGCUCUGUCAAAAACUAAUGACAAUCAGGAGAUCACCUCAUCGAACAAGCUUGAAGAGUUAAACAUCGGCUACAAUGCAUUAUAUGACAUGUGUGGUAGCUCAUUGACUAAUAUUCUAGUCACAUGCUCUCAGCUUAUAACUUUAUUGUUGCAAUCUUGUUGUUUUACUGGUAAACUAGUAGAGCCAUCAAAACCACUGGCUGAGGCUCUUAAAGCUUCUAGCAUGCGUUACCUUUCUAUUGCCCACAACAACUUUGAAGGACAAGGAUUGUGUGAUCUGCUGUCAGCUCUUCCGUGUCAGGCUCUGCGUCAUUUGGAUGUCUCAUCGACAGUGUGCAAUAAGAGCGAAGUUGCUAUGGCAAUAGAUGGUCUAGCUCAGUACAUGGAGAAGGAUGAUUGUGCUUUGCAAAACCUAAAUCUUAGCAAUUGCUGUUUGGGAAACCGAGACAUGGAACCUCUGCUGGUAAGCCAUAGCCAGACCCUUGUCAAUCUCAGCUUCAGUGGCAACCCUGGCAUUGAUAGUGGUUUUCUCGAGUUAUUCCUGGAUGCCCAUAGGACAACCUCAUCUAGAGUGCAAUACAUCAAUCUAUCAGCCUGUAACAUUAAUUCACCAAUAUCAGACGAUAUAUUAGGACUAUUGCGAAACAAUUCUACGGACAAUUUAAUGGAGUUAAACUUGUCAUUCUGCCCUUUAAAUCAAACUGACAAAUUGUGCAUUGCCGAGACAUGGAAAGAGGGUGCUGGAGGUGCCAAUGAAAGGGAGGCAAUUGUACAAGACUGUUUGUGCAUCUUGGGGACUUCACAGCAAUAG